AACAGAUGGCGGGACGCGCGAAAACCCUGGCAAGCUCAAAACUUCAUUGCCCUUUUCUCGCGAUGGUCGUGCGGUCGUGCGCGUUGUUUUGUGACGCGUUUGUGCUGUUGUGGACUAGAUAAGUGAACAUGUGACGCACGGCAUGCCCUAAGUGUGUAAAGCCAAGCGAUGCUGCUGGGAGGUGGUGUGAGGAUGCGGCCAACCAAGAAGCUGCUGUUGGUGCUGACCCUGUCGGGUGCUGCACUUACGCUGUUCUCUUACCUGGCCCGUUGCAGCACACACAGUCCCCUCAGCCCGGCAGAGCCACUUCUCGUGCAGGCGGAAAACAACGGUGGCAUUGGCACAGGAAUCAAGGGCAAGGCACACCUAGUGCAGGAAAUCAAGUGUGUCAUCAAUGAUGACUAUGCCGUGCCCUGUCGGAAAGAAGGUUCAGAAGUGUUCGUGCCCUUCAGCUUUCUGCGUAAGUACUUCGAAGUGUACGGCAAGAUUGCCUACCGGGACGGCAAGGAGGUACUCGACUGGCAGCACAGCUACUCCAAGGUUAUGGCACCGAAUGCCAUGUACCACACGGCUGGGCCUUUCCUCUGGUUCGAGAACUACAAUGUGGCUGUUCGUGAUCGUGUCAAAUGCAUCAGUGGCAUGGAAGGCAAGCCCAUCUCGACACAGUGGGACCCCAAGGGCCACUUCUAUCCUGUACAGAUCGCGCAGUUUGGCUUGAGCCACUUCAGCAAGAACUUCACGGAGCCACCGCCAUCUGUGGCUCUUCUUGAGAAUGGUGUGCGCAGCCAGCACGGAUCCUGGGUUGCCUCCUCGAGACUCAAGGCGAGCUACUCGAGGCUCCGCGACGACGAAACCGAGGGGCACGUCUUUGAGUUUCGGACUAGCGGCACUGCUCAGGACCAGGGAGUGGCCUUUGCACUCAAGCAGGAGUGCUACAAUCUCACCCUGUCGGUUGACCUUAGGGUCAUCCUCAACGGCAGCCUCAGCGUGGUCCUCACCGCUGGAGCACCUGACAAGCCAUCCCUGUACGGUGUCCACUACAUCAUGACCGACACCCACCUAGCCGUGGAUGACCACGACGUCUACUACGGGAUUGGCACCCAGCGCUCCUGGAUGCACCUGACUCGCGACUUGGCUGUCGACCUGGUCAAAGGGCUCAGCUUCGGCCAGCGCAAGAUGGCCGCUCGGCCUCGCAACCUUCGCGUCCACAGCAUCGUUUUUCGGGGCUACGGCCUUGUCGACAACCUCACCCUGACCACCAGUGCGCACGAGGCCCACUUUUUCGAUGCGGCCGAGUGGCUUGUGCGACACCAAGACGACACGGGCGGCUGGCCGAUUCAGGUGACGCGCCGCCUCUCGAAUGGCAUGCUGGAACUGGAACCCGGCUGGUAUUCAGCUAUGGCACAGGGGCAGGCCAUGUCGGUGCUGACACGUGCCUACCUGACAACAGGGCAGAGGCGAUAUCUGGACGCUGCCCUGCGUGCCACAGCGCCGUUUAAAGUGCGCGCCGAGACCCACGGGGUCAUGACGACUUUCCUCGGCAAGUUUGUGUGGUACGAAGAGUAUCCCACCGUACCUAGCUCUUUUGUGUUGAACGGCUUUAUAUACUCACUCUUCGGGCUUUACGAUGCCAAAUCGACUUGUGGGGACGGAGCAGGUUCGUUGGAGCAGUGUAGGGACGCAGAAAAGCUUUUCCUCGAUGGGAUGGUUUCGUUAAAGCGGAUGCUGCCGCUGUUCGACACUGGCUCAGGAACAGCGUACGACCUGAGACACUUCUCGCUGGGCAUCGCGCCGAAUCUCGCUCGUUGGGACUAUCACACAACGCACAUCAACCAGUUGCUCUACUUGGCAACCAUAGACGAUGAUCCCAUCUUCAAGACUACAGCUGAUAGGUGGAUCCAGUAUAUGAAAGGAUUUCGGGCACCACAUAACUGAGUGGAGGUGGCAUUGAUCCUGCCAUGGAGUAUGAGCUUGACAGGUCCUUGGGGGACAACUGCGAUUAGUUUUUACACUGCUGAUGACCGUUGUCAGUUGCCUUGACAUUUACUAAGGUAGCACAAGCCAGUGUUUAACAGCAUCGAACAUGAGCAAAGCAAUG